AAAGUUAACCCUUUAUUUGCACAACUCUGAAGCCGCCCUCUCCUCCGGCAUCCCGGGCCACUCGCUCUGUGGCACCGGUCGGACUAAGGAGGUUUCUUCGAAAAGCCAGUCAGCCAGCGCCAGUGCAUCCAUCCGUUCGCCGUUCUUUGUCCGGGAUUCGCCGGCUUCGCUCGAGCAGCCCGAGCCGAACCGGUUGAAGAGCAGCGGAGCGGGAAACGGCGCUGCACCACCAAGCGACAGGAAGAAGCGGAGGGCGGUACGGCCGUGGAGUCGCCUCCCCUUACUCCCCGCGCCUGCCUUGCAAGCCCAGCGUAGAGACUCCUCGUAGCAGCCGCCUAUUCGCCGUCCACCGAGCAGGAGGAAGACUCGCUCUUUCCAAGCUGCAGAAGGCGAGAAACUGCCCAGGCGGCGCCGCCGGUGCCGAAAGCAGCAGCGAAAGAGGAAGCGAGACAAAAGAGGGCGAGAGCGAGGAGGAUUUUACUAAAACGCUAAUAAAUGAAGGAAACUAUUGGUUUGGUGAUGCUGCAAUCAAUACCUUGAGAGAUAAAGAAGAAAGCUACGUGAACACCAACUUGGUUCAUUUUGUAGACAAAGAAGCUCAAAAGGACGAAUUUUAUUUAGCUACUGUGGGACCUCAUGCACACUGAUUAUUAGGGCAAGAUACCUUUCAGAUUUGAAGUGUCGUGUCUUGCUCCUAACUUCUAAGAUUUGCACUUUGAACUGUUAAAAAAAAAUGAGUGAGUUCUGGUUGUGUUUCAACUGCUGUAUUGCAGAACAGCCUCAGCCUAAAAGGCGGCGGCGGAUCGAUCGUAGUAUGAUUGGUGAGCCAACAAACUUCGUUCAUACUGCUCAUGUUGGUUCAGGAGAUCUCUUUAGUGGAAUGAAUUCGGUGAGCUCAAUUCAAAACCAAAUGCAGUCCAAAGGAGGCUAUGGAGGGGGCAUGAAUGCAAAUGUUCAAAUGCAGCUCGUGGAUACAAAGGCAGGAUAACUGGGGCAUCUUUCCAGUACCUGCAAGUUUCUAUACUUUGUUCCUGUGUCCCUCUCCUUUAUGCCUUGGUGACUGCUUCCUGUGCUCAUGAUAAGAGAAGUUGAUGGCCCAUCAUCCACCCUUCAUGAUUAUUAUGCCAUUCAGACAUUCCUGUUCUGCUGUGAGGCUGACAUUAAUCAGACUGGUUGUGCCUUUAAAGUGGCAAGCUUACAUUUCACUACCAAAACAUCUGUGGACAUUGUACUGGUUGACUUGUUUUUUUGAGCUUCUAAAACUUUUACUCUCAGUAUUUUGAAACAAUGUUUUGAGCAAUCUAAAUUCUGAACAAACAGGUUUGGUGUUGGGUUGACCCUCGUUUUGUACUUCCUCUGCAAACCCUUUAUUAUAGCAUUCUCAUCCUUUCAUUGUUGUUAUUACUUCUUUCUUUUAAUUAGAAACAAGCAAGUUUCUGUUAAUAUCUUGAGUCUGUCAUUGUUGAUAUAGAUCUAUUUUUUUUAAAGGUCUGGGACCUGCAAGCACAACAAACAUUUCACACAGUCAGAAAUCAGGAGUAUAUGAGUGUAUGACCGCAUGCUAUGUGAAUUUGCUUGGUAUGGUGGCCUAUUGGAUGCCAAAAACAUUAUUUUUAUUUUUAAUGCUUGUUCUUGGAGAUGGAUGAUGCUAAAGUUGGUGGAAAAAAUGCAGUGGUACCAGAUUAUGCCAAUCUCUCUAGGGAAAAAUGGACUUGUAACUCUUAGCUGCUUUGGAAAUAUGUCUUAGAUUUUUAAUCCAAUUCAUCUUGAAAUAAUAAAGAGAGAGUCUGCAUUCAGAAGACAUUUUGUUGUAAAUGUUCAAUAUAUUUAUUUUGGAAGAGCUGACCUCAAGAUUGUAAACCAGUGUGGUAACGUACAAAGUAAAUAUUGUGGUGGCGCUUUUGUCUAGUUAAGAGGCAUUGUUAUGUUGGCUGCUUUUUCUUUCUUCUUUUCCAGUGCUUAAUUUUAGGCUGUUCCAGCAUUACCAGUAGCAGCAUGAUGAACUGCCUGCAAUAUUAUAGCUGGAAUUUAGUUGAACUCUCUAAAUAGUUGGCAGUUUCCACAUACUAAAUAUUUAGGGGCCCAUGUAAGUUGCUAAGAGCAACAUAGUAACCUAGCAGGAAUGGAUAUCAGUGAAAACAACAUACAGGGUGGCUUUUUGCUAUAUUGGUGAAGAAGCCUUUUGCUCAGGUUCCAAAGCAUGUUUCUUUCACAAAGUGUGAAAACUGUGUUUUAAUAUUGCACUGUUUUUUUAUGUUAUUUUAUAUUUUGUUAAGUGGUCUAUUUUUGUCUUCCCCAUACUCAUGCCUCCUUUGUCGUAUUAAAUUAAAACAGUUGAUUGAGUAUUAACAACAUAAUUUUAAGACACAUUUAGAAUCUUCCUCAUGCAUCAUUUUUUAAUAUCUUAACUGGCAAAUAGAGUAACUGAGCCUAAUUGGAGAAAUUCUUAAUGUUACAAGUAUUUGCUGCAUAUUUGGGGGAAAAAGGCCAUGCAAGAACUUCAUGCGGUUGCCCCCAAAACAAAAGAGAAUAUAGUAGCAUUGCUUUGUAGUUAAUGCUUAUUGCUACUUUCUCCACUGCCAUUUAUAAUUUAAUAAGGGGAGACUAGAGAAUGAGGGAAUAUCAUACUUACAGCUUUAUUUUUUUUAAAAAAAUCCCUAACAGAAAUCAUUAACAAUUGUUCAAUGGAAAUGGAAGAAUAUCUUUAUCUAGAACCACUUUUGAGCCCAUACCCACUGAGGAAGUAAUCUAUGUAAAUAUCUCUUAGUCAAAGCAGUAGUUGAACAAAUAUAUGAAGACUGCUGCUGCACAAAAAUCCAUAUUUAUGGACUGGGUCCAGAAGACAUUCCUGGUACAGGCAGCCAAAUAAUACGGAUGAAACUAUAAUUUUGUUGGGGAAAUUUUCAUUUCAGGGAGUCCAGGGAGAUGCCUUUUACUGUUGGGGCCAAAUACACAGGCAGCUUAGUAGUUGCCAAGAUCAGGAUGUCAAAUGCAUACAUUGUCAAAAGUGCUCUUCAAAGUACUCUAUGAUAUCUUUCCAUAUGAUAGCUGUCUAAAUAUAUUGGACUGCACAUUAUCCCUGAAAUCAGAAACAUUAUCUACCAGUCAAGGGAACUGUAGUUCAAAAGAGAGCAUCAGGUUGGGGAAGACUGUCCUGGGGUUUCAGACUAAAUUUCACUUUAUUCUGAACUGAUAGAAAAGAAUUCUGGGAAGAAUUUUUGAUCAAAAAAAAAAGUUAUCAUCUUCAGCUCAGUCGCCAGAAAAGAGAGACAUAUUUUUAUAACAAACAUACAUUUUUGUACAUUAUGUUCAUUCUUAAAUAAUGUAAGUUCAAUGUUGUCUUGUAGAUAUUAAAAGGAAAAUAUUGACCUUUGAUUCAAUAAAUGUUUUCUUUCAGUUA